AUGAGACAUAAGUGUGCUCUUAUCACCACAUUGCCCAGAACCACCUUACCAUCUGCGGAGACGGAAAUAUGUGACGGAAGUCGCAAAAAAACCAGCAUGGCCAGUAAAACGUCAAAGGAAAUCCACCACUUUGGGAUUCAAGUCCAGCAACAGCUAUGUGCAAUUCAAGUCACCAUGAUGACCUGCUUGCAGAAGUUGCCGGCUGUGCAAGUUUCUGUGCUACCACUGGUUCCAACUACUGGAGAUGGUGCUACCGUUCAAGCAGAAAAUGUUCAUACACUGAUCCACAACAGAGAUGUUGAUGGGCAUACGGGUCCACAGAAUACAAAUAAUGGCAAUGUUGUGUCUGCCUCUGCUACUGAUGAAAUCCCUGCCAAAGAUACCACGCGGGCGAGCUUCCCAAACAGCACACCUCUCCCAGCAAAUGCAGCUGACACUACUGGGAUGCAAAAAGAAUACCCAGAUGAAGUUGCAGAUCGCAGAAGCACAUCUCCUUCUCCAAACACAGACUCACAUGAAAAUAUAUGCGCUCAUCCUACAAAUACAUCUCUGACUCCGUACCUGAUCAGCGAUGAUGGUCCUAGCAACUGCCAAGCGACCGGCGAUGACCUGCCCAUUUCAGCAACACCAAAGAUCGAGCCAGACGUUGAGGUUGCAAGAUUUCUGAGGAUAAUAGCAGACCAGCCCUCUUACUUCAAUGUCUAUGACUCCUACCAGAAUAUGGAAAAUACAAAAGAUACUGAUCGUGAGAGGAAAUGGAUUUCGUUGAAAACCCCCUUAUGCCUGGAUAUGACGGGCCAUGCUAUCUACCGGAGUUAUGGAGCAGGAAAAAUAAUGAAGAACAAUGGCAUGAAAGUAGUUGUUCAUGUUCUAACCACAAAGAACAACAAAUUGUACCCAAACAGAAAACCUCGCUGGAGAAGCAUAAUUGGCCCAUGUUUUGCGGAGGAAUUCGCCAACAACCCGGAGAAUCCCAACAUAGACAGAUUCUUCUCAAUGUUCGAUGCAACCAAACUCCCCUACAAACUGGAAGAAACAAAAAAGUUCAUGAUAGUACUCGUUGUCGACGGGGGCUGGUGCGUUUAUGAGGUUGACAUAAAUGAGAGAACACUGCAUGUCAUGGAUCCAAUGAUGGCCUCAUCUAGGAGGGAUGAUGUGGAGAGGAAACACAGGGAGAACGCUGGAUUUAUGCUCCACUGCCUUUGCAAGUGCCUCCGUGAAUGGUAUCCUAAUUGGCAUUUCACAACUUAUCCAUGGACUUACAAAUACAACAGUGGCAUUCACCACCGCAACUCCGACAGAGCCGAUAGCGGGUUCUACGUCAUACACUACAUUCGGGAGUUCGAUGGAGUUAUGUUGCACACGGCUCCUACAGAUGACCUGAUUAAACAUCUGCGCAAGGAGAUGGCGUAUGAAGCACUGAGACUGAAUGGCAACAGGGGUGACUUCCCGAACAACCUCUAUGCUCGGAUCCUAGAGUAAAAGUUGAUCCAAGACAGGUAGAUGUGAGCCAUCGAGCAUUUCAUCAACCUAUCUAUUUCACCUCAUCAAGUAUCGAACCUAUGGUUCAGGUAGCAGAUAAUAGUGUCACCACAACUAUUUCUGCUUAUGUAUCCAACUUUGGUUUACAAGACUUCUAUCUGUAAUAUGUGCCAAGACUAUGGCUGCUAAGCUUAAUUAGCUCCUCUUUCAUUCCAAAGACUUAUGUCUGUAAUAUGGGCCAAGACUACGACUGUUACUAUGCUCAUUUGGCCCUAUCAGCAUCUAAUGAACUAGUAUGCUUAUCUUACA